AUGCGGUUACCGACGGCGCCGCUCUUGUCGCCUGUACGGCAUUGCGGGUGGUCGCGUGCGGCGACCCCAGAUUCGUUAAUACGGCGAUUGGGCCCGAAUUAUGUUUAUAACGGGCAACGCAGGUUAUCUAGUCAAGGGCGACAAUCCGGGGGUGGACUCUUACCUAGACUUCACCCGCCAAGAACCGCCCUGGGAAGCCAAGUCCGCUCGUUCAAGAAGGCAAACUACAUCGAAAAAAUCAGUGAUCACGAGAGCGCAGAAGAGCUGCUGGAAGCAUUGGAAGUCCGUGAUGAUGAAAAGGAUACUUCUUCCCACCGUAAAGUCAUUGAGGAGCUCGAAAAUGGCCCAAAACGCUCAGCAGAGAAGCGUAACGACUUGUUGACGGAGCACAUGACGAAGGGAAAAAUGCUCACCACGCCGUCCCGACUAUUUAAGCUCAUUAUUCCCCUGACCACAAUCGGGAAACAAGGCCAUGACAAGGGCAUUAUAAUGAAAGACCCUCUCCAACCGAUUGAUCCACAUAGCCAACAAGAGAAUACAGUCAUCGAGCCCAUUGCAAUCCUAGUCCACCCCCAACAACCGCUCUCCUACCUCGAACGCCUAAUCCAAUCCGAACUCCCACCAAUAAAAGGAGAGAAAGAGACGCUUCGCGCACCUGCAGUAUCUUUCGUAGCCCUCCAACACGAAGACAACGCCAUCAAACCCAAAAAGCGCAUCGAAGACGAUGAAGAAGCAGAAACGAUCCGCCGAAAUGCCGUCGAAACAGAGUAUCAGGCCCACAAGGACCAAGGCAAAGUUGAACGCCGCCGACGCUCCCGCGAAGAAGACGCGGAGACCUACAGCUACCCGCGCAAAACAGACUCCAGCCUCGACUCGCUGGACGGCCAGCCGGAGCGCUUCGUGCGCUGGUCCCAGGCCACCGAGGUAGGCGACUUCAUCCGCGACGCGGCCCGCACGCGCGAGUUCAUCGUGAUGAUCGAGGGCGCGCCCAGCGGCCUUGGCCAGAUCCGGAUUACCGUGCCCUCCUUCAACGAGCGCACGUACUUCCUGCGCGCGCGGCUGCGCAAGCUCUCCCGGCGCAUCCAGUCCAUAGCAGAGAUCAAGAAUAAGUGUGACAUGCUGGCCCAUCGAGGGGCGCAACGUGUCGCCAUCGGCGGGUUCGGUAUUCUGUCGGUGUGGUGGUAUAGCGUUUACAAGUUGACGUUUGAGACGGAUCUGGGCUGGGACACCAUGGAGCCUGUGACGUAUUUGGUCAGUUUGUCGACGUUGAUGGGGGGGUUAUCUGUGGUUUUUAUUUCGUAUAAAUCCGCACUGGAUUUUACGGUUAGUGCACGACAAAAGAAGCUGUAUCAACAGCAUGGCGUGGACGUGCAACUUUGGGAGUCGUUGAUUGAUGAGGGGAAGACGCUGCGGAGGGAAAUCAAGAGUAUCGCGGCCGAAUAUGACGCGGAGUGGAAUGAGAGGGCCGAUGAGCAGGACGAGCAGGUGACGCAGGUUCUGAAAUCUGAUAAGAAGGAGGAGGAGGCUGAGGGGAAGGAGAAAUCGGAGAAGGAUCGAGAUGAUUGA